AUGCGUGGUACAGCUGCGAGUAUCUGUAUUUUUCUCCUAAACGCAACCCUCGUCAAGGUGGCGCCUGCUACGGUAGGUGCGAGAAUCGAUUCAGGUACCUCUAUCGUUCAACUUAGUGACGUGCUUCCAAGCGUGCAAAACGCUACCUCAAAUCUGUCCAGCAGCUUCUGCUCUAAGAACAACAUAAACUCGGAUCUCGAAAGGCACAUGAUAUCCAUCCCCUAUACAACGACGAUUCUCAUCAUACUGUACUGCCCCGUGGUACCUAUAGAUCGAAACAGCAUACGCGAAACGAUCGCCGCGGCGAGCACUCAUAUGAAUGCCCAGAUCCGCAUUCACGGCGACAUAUCUCUACUGCCUGCCGAUGAUCCGUAUGCAACGCCGGUGAUUGAAGGUGUGAAUUGCAUAAUGAGUGUAACAUCUCAGAGGACACGAACACAAUCUAUCCCCUACCGCCUGACGUACGAGAUUACUUUGAACGCUUUGCAAGGGUUGAACAAAUUUCUGUAUACGGACAAUCACGCAGCUAGCGCUGUGACUGAGGUCUUAGAUCCGGGUCUCACGGGAAGUAUGAGAAGGAUUGGUGUGAUCAGUAUCAGCCCUGUGCAGGUGUUGGUGAAUGAGUCUUGA